GGCGCACUCGAGCAUGGCCGCGGCCGCGGCGGGAGGAGCCCCGGGACCGGCCCCCGGCUCCGCCAGGCCGGCACCGACCGCCCGGAACCCGCCGUCCGUGCCGCGGAGGCGCGGGGACUCCCGGCGCCGCCAGGCCGCUCUCUUCUUCCUCAAUAACAUCUCCCUGGACGGACGGCCCCCGAGCCUGGGUCCCGGCGGGGAGAAGCCCCCGCCGCCGCCACCACCGCCCACCGAGGCCCGCGAGCCGCCCGCGCCGCCGCCGCCCGCUCCACCCGGAGGCCUCCCGGGGCUGCCAGCCAGGCCCGCGCCCCAGGGCCUACUCAGCCCCACGACGGCACCCGCCGGCCUCAACCUGGACGGGCAGCGCCAGAGGAGACGAAUCACAUCUCAGCGUUGUUCCCUCGAAUUUCUGGAAGAUGCAGUGGGAUGUAGCUCCGUGCAGAGAACCAAGCACGCAUCUGGGUCACCAAGACACAAAGGCCUGAAGAAGACCCACUUCAUCAAGAACAUGAGGCAGUAUGACACCAAGAACAGCAGGAUUGUACUCAUCUGUGCCAAGCGGUCCCUGUGUGCGGCCUUCUCAGUCCUGCCCUAUGGAGAAGGCCUCCGGAUCAGUGACCUGAGGGUGGACAGCCAGAAGCAGAGGCACCCAUCCGGCGGCGUUGCUGUUUCUUCUGAGAUGGUCUUUGAGUUGGAAGGCGUUGAGCUGGGAGCAGAUGGAAAGGUCGUGUCUUAUGCAAAGUUCCUGUACCCUACUAAUGCCUUGGUUACACACAAGAAUGACAGCCAUGGCUUGCUGCCCCAGCCUCGGCCCAGCGUUCCCCGGGUUCCACCAGGUUCAAGACACAAACCUGUGCCUACCAAGUCAACACCAGCUGGCACAGAACUAGGAAACGAUGGGGGAGAUGCCGUAGAAUACAACCCCAACCUCUUGGAUGACCCACAGUGGCCAUGUGGGAAGCACAAGCGGGUACUUAUCUUUGCUUCGUACAUGACCACGGUCAUAGAGUAUGUGAAGCCUGCAGACCUCAAAAAGGACAUGAAUGAGACCUUCAGGGAGAAGUUCCCUCAUAUCAAACUGACACUGAGCAAAAUUAGGAGUUUAAAGCGGGAGAUGCAGAACCUGUCUGAAGAGUGCAGCCUGGAGCCCGUGACUGUGUCCAUGGCUUACGUGUACUUUGAGAAGCUGGUGCUGCAGGGCAAGCUCAACAAACAGAACCGCAAACUGUGUGCUGGAGCCUGCGUUCUGCUGGCUGCCAAGAUCAGCAGUGACCUCCGCAAGGGCGAAGUGAAGCAGCUGAUUGACAAGCUGGAGGAACGAUUCCGGUUCAACAGAAGAGAUCUCAUCGGAUUUGAGUUCACGGUGCUUGUGGCUCUGGAACUGGCUCUGUACCUCCCUGAGAACCAAGUGUUACCUCACUACAGACGCCUCACCCAGCAGUUCUAGCCCGGAACAGUGCAUCCUGCAGGAAUGCAUGUAGCUUGGCAACACUGAGGCAACUAAUGUCCUGUCCUCCUCCGGUAGUGCACUUGCCCCCACAGCCCAGGGUUGGUUUCCCUGGAGACACUGCUUCCAUUCAGAAGUGCACCACACCUCAGAGCACUUCAGAGAAUUUUCCUGAGGUAAAUGGACAAUGUGGAGCUUGGCUUGCUCUUCUUGUGCCUGAGACCAGCCUGGUUUACAUUGUGUGGAUCCUGAGGUCCAGCCUUUGAAACCCAUCACAGCUGAGACCUUUCCUGUGGAGACCCAGGUGCCCAGACCUGAACAUACCAGGAUUGUCAGCCAGUCUUACUUCUGGAAAUGACCCUGCCUCCACCUCAACAGAGCUCUCCUUUGUUGUCAAGGUAGAGGGGAGGGCUAAUACCUUGACCCACUCUGGUUUUGCUUACUCUUUGGAUCUUAAGCAUUUGUCACUGUGAAACCCGUGCCAUUCACACAUACAGCAAGGCUUGGCCAACCCCACCACACCUCCUGCCAGAACCUUCCCUACAGCACUGCUGACUUGAGGCUCUCCACUUUCCUAAGCAAUACUGUGAUGCAGAAAAGGCAUUGUAAUUUGGGAUAUGGUCUCCAAGGCAACAGAAGCUGUUUCAGUAAGGUCUGCUGGUACAACCCUGAAACCACACCUGAUCUUCAAGCAGUAAGGCACUGACCCUGCCACCUCUAACAACAUAAUGCCAUCGAGGCCAGCUUGCCUGCACAUCCACUGUGCCAUGUCCCUUAGCUUUUAUGUGACAACCCAUCACUACCCUGGGCUCUAGCAUCCGCCCAGCUCCACAGCCUCACCAUGUCCCAGCAAUGCUCAUGCCUGUCAGGCCUGACACUGUCCAACCUCCUAGGGCCAGGGCAUCAACAAUAGCUUGAGUAUAAGGGAACCUUGCAGGGUAGUUGACAAACCAGUCUUCUCGAUACUGACCAUGCUUAUGCUGGUGUAAGCGAACCCAUACCCAUAUAGCAUCUUGGGUGCAAGACAACAGUCCUGCAAACAUGUAAUCUUCAAGGUAGUCCCCUCCUUUGGUUUAAAUCCUAGACAUUGCUCCAACUUACAGGCUACCCUUGGAGAGCACCCAGGCAGCUUUUCUCUAGAUGGUAGUUAAUGUUAAAGCUGGUAGGCGGCAGUAACUUAAGCUUAUAUAUUUAUGUAGUUAAGGUUUGUUAUUUACCAAGCUCGUCUGCUAGUGUCCUUCCCUCCCAGUCGUCUUUAGUGACGCCAAGAGCUGCUGCAACAAAACCAACCGUAAACCAAAUGGCAGGCUAAACCCAGAAAUCCGAGCUAUAUCCACGGUGUCCAGCUGGACUGUGACCCAAUGCCACAGACCUGGUGCUGCGCCCUUAGCACCCAACAGUAGGCACAAAUGUUUGUGAAAGGGCAUCUGACCUCAGAAUGUCAUGUGUCAGGUAGGUUUUGAAUGGUGUUAAAAUGUUUUUGUUAAAGUAAAACUUGGUUUUGCAACAUA